AAAAAAAACAAGCAUUGGGGUUUCUCUUCGGCUCUGGGCAGCCGGAGGCAGAAGUGGGGGGCGGAGGGAGGGCCUGGAGGGGGACCCCGAGGCCGCCUGGGGACCAGCCGGCGGGGACUUGGAUCUGCGCGCGCUGCGCCCUGGGCGCACCAGCUCAGCCCCUCGCCCUCUCACCAUGGCCUCGCUCUGGCUCGCCGCCCUGCUCCUGGCGCCCCCCGUCUCUGUCCUGCUGCACAAGGACCAAGAUCCAAACCCGCCGAUUACGAACGUCAGGAUGGAGCCCGGGACCAAGAGGCUGACCUGGGAUCUCCGUGGCAACGUCUCCAGCAUCGAAUGCGUCGAAGGUUCCACUUUCAACGCAAAGGCCGAAAACAACCUUUUCUGCCAGUUCUUCCUGCUCCCCAAAUGCACGCGGACGAACUACACGGUCAAGGUCACCGUGAUCGACGGUGAGCCGUACUCCACGUGGAUUGAGUAUCCCAAGCAAGAAGGGAACCCCGCCGCAGCUGCUGAGGGCCUGGCCUGCGAGGUCCAUGACAAGGACGCCCUGACCUGCAGGUGGGCGGUGGGCAGGGCGGCCCCCAGCGACGUCCAAUAUUAUUUCCACUUGGAGCACUCCAGCACCGCUCAGCGGUGGGCGUGUCCCAGGUACCUGACGACCGAGGGCAAACACACCGCGUGCCGGUUUGACAACAUCUCUGCCUUUUUCGACCCAAAACAACACCUGUUCUACCAGUUCUGGGUGACGGGCACCAGCCACGGGGACACGAUUCCCUGCUCUGAAUUAUUCUCCGAAUUGUCCAAGAUCGAGAAGUUGAUCGCACCCAACAUCAGCGCCUCCUGCAACGAGUCUCUCGCGCUCCUGGAAUGGGACAUGUCCAGCCACUUGCAGAAGCAGUUUGACUACGAGCUCGAAAUACGACAGGGCGCCAACCCGCCGUUCACAUCGACGGUCGAGGAAGAUAAGUCCUACAGGCUGACCAACCCUGGAACCUUCAUGGUGAAAAUCCGAGCUCGGACCUCCUCCCCCUACCUGGUCGGCCAGUGGAGCGCCCCCCAGCGUUUCGUGUGUGACCCGGGGGCGGGCGCGCUUUCCCACGUCUGGCUGAGCUCCUCCCUCAUGGCGCUGGCGACGCUGCUCACCGUGGGAACAGCCGUCUUCCUUUGCCGAAGGUACUCGGUGCUGAAGACCCUCUUCCCGCCCAUCCCGCACCUGAAGGACCCCAUCGGGGGCAGCCUGCAGAACGAGAAGAUGUUUACCUGGGAGGCCGGCCGACCCACCCAGGAGGAGUGUCCGGUGGCUGAACUGCAGGUUUUAAGGGAGAUGUGAGCCCGGAUGAGGUCAUGGCUGGCCAGGUGCCCACACAGCCUGGUGGCUUCCGGAGGGGAUGUGUGUACCGGGGCGGGGACGCCCACCUGCGAUGUUCACCGGGAAGGAAGCUAAAUAAAGCGCUUUUUCAACCCGCUCUCCGGCCCCCCGCACACACACGGCUCCCACCCCUCACCUCAAGGCUGCUGGGGUGUCCUGUUCCCCACACCCGCACCGCCCCCCCAGCUUCUGAAAUUGGAGUCCUAUCUCCUCCCCAUCGUGUGGACUUCUGUCUUUCAAUCGUAUUAUGUACUUUCUUCUCCUCGUUAAAGAUAUUUUUAUGCAUUUCAGAGAGAGAGAGAGAGAGAGAGAGGGGCAUCCAUGAGGAGAGGGGAUCAUGGACCCGCCGCCUCCUGCACGCCCCCGACUGGGGAUGGAGCCCGCAACCCGGGCCUGUGCCCUUUGAUUCUCUCCCAUCGUUGAUGUUUCUCUCUCCCCCCUCGCUCUCUG